UGGAUAUUUAAAGUCUUGGCAGGUAUUGGAGCGUUCGUGGCAGUUAAAGGGAUAGGUAGUAGGCGCAACCUCCACUUACCUAGCAGUACCUACAGGGUAGGCCUACAGGGCCUACAGGUAGCUGCACCUUAUCUGGACAUCAGCACGCUUCGUCAACGGUCAGCCAGACAGACCACGAACACUUCUAUAUCUGAUUCAUUCCCCGACCGUCAGUUCGUAGGCGCCUCCUUGCUUCCUCGGCUCGCUCGUAGGCAACAAAAGACGCACUAUCGUCUUGUCAUGAACUGCCAACGUUCGGUCUGGCAGCGGUUGGCACGAAACCUACCAGCCAGCCAUGUUGGACCUUUCUCGCAUAUCUCCCAAAGGCAUUUUCAGUCCCAGGCCCCCCAAGGCGCAAUUCCUUUACCGUACAUAACUGAAGUCACUUCUGGCGGCUGGCGAACAUACGAUAUCUUCUCCAAGCUGUUACAGGAACGGAUAAUAUGCCUCAAUGGAGCAAUCGACGACACUGUCUCUGCCUCCAUAGUCGCGCAGUUACUAUGGCUUGAAUCCGACAACCCAGAAAAGCCGAUUACCAUGUAUAUCCAUUCGCCCGGAGGGUCUGUCACAGCGGGACUCGCCAUAUACGACACCAUGGCCUACAUCCGAUCGCCAGUGUCGACAGUGUGUCUAGGCCAGGCGGCAUCCAUGGGGUCAUUGCUACUCACUGGUGGAGAGAAAGGCAAACGAUUCGCGUUACCACAUAGUAGUAUUAUGAUACAUCAGCCGCUUGGUGGCACUCAAGGCCCAGCCAGCGAUAUCCUCAUCUAUGCAAGCCAGAUUCAACGCACGCGAGAGCAAGUCAACGAGAUAUACAGGAAACACCUCAAUGCUGCAAUCGGGCAUGACAAGUACACCCUCAAAGAAAUUGAGGACAUGAUGGAGCGCGACAAAUACCUCACUGCACAAGAAGCUAAAGAGAUCGGCAUUAUAGAUGAGAUUCUUACGCGGAGGGAUGAGCAAAAGCCGCAGAACGAUGGCGGCGCAGAUGAGAAACGAAAUCAAGGUUCAUAGGACUGUGACAAAAUAGGACCAUAGAACCAAAGAUGAGUCUGGGUGUGAGGAAGACGAUGCUCAGACUCUCUAUCACGUGGGUCUAGCGACUAUUGCGACAGGUCUUUGUAGUUGUCUUAUGCGAUAUUAUAGUCGCUACCAUCAUUUUGUCGAAACGUAGAGGAAGAACGUCUGUGGUGCCGAUUCCACAUCAGGACACAGUAUUUUUACGCAAAGCGAAGUAGUGACUGAAAUCCUUGUGGAUUACCAGUAGUGAGCUAUAGAUCUCAACAAACAAAGAGUAGUUGAAUAGAGGCGCAUCGACAUUGAAUGCUUAUGAAUAAUUCAUUACUAUCUAUCGCAGAAUACCUACGAAGUA